UGGCGUCCAGACACGGAUACUUACCUACCAGGCCUUUUUUUAUCCCCAGACUGGACACGGAGCUCCGCCGAUGUGCGCACUGGAUUUUACCCACCAAAGAGUGUCGAGACCAGGGGGAGACCGGCGGACUUUAUCGCGCAGGACUGUCGGGGUGUAGGAGACGAUCAUGGAUACAACUUUGCACAUUCUCCAGAAAGCCGCAGACGCGGGCGUACCUACCGGCAUCUCUCUGGAUAUGAGCCUCAACAUGGACGAAGGGGAAGGCUUCACGGAGCGGCAGAUCGUGGGGCUCCCGGACAAAAUACCUCUGGUGAAACCUUAUUUCAAGAAGAAGCAGAGGAAACUGGACUCCAAAUGUCUCCACCGAGCCCUGGAGGACCCCAUCCUUACCACGCUACUAAGCACCGACACGCUGGUGUCCGGGGAUGGGGUGUUUGUUCCCCGGAACCAGCCGGGUCGGACGCCGGGCAACUUGUGCGCGGCGGCCGUGGUGAAGCAGGGCUGCAUUGGCCAGGUGUGUCUCAAGACCCCGGGAGCUGCGGACGGUGCCGGGGCUGGGGUGGCGGGGCUGCUGGCUCGGGACGGGGAUGUGGAAAUAGCCGAUACUACUGCGGAGCUGGAGGAGACGGAGCGACGAGGGGAGCGACCCAAGAUCACCGACCCGACCCCCGACAGCCGCUGCUUUCAGCUGAAGCCUGCCCUCAGGGCAGCCGGGAACACAGUGACAAUAACGCCCCCCGUCAGGGAUAUACCUCCUCUGGCUGCCCCCCAGGCCCCUCGCCAGGAGGGGCCCAUCAAAAGCAAUGACCUCUUAACCUCUGAGGCUAAAAACCUUCCAGUCAAAGACUGUGCUGGAGUUCAGGACCCCCUUCCCCUCCUCCUACAGCCCAACAAAGGAGUACUAUUUCAGGAUAAAAGUGAAGAGGCCUCCCUGGACCUGGUUUUCGAGCUGCUCACUCAGCUCCAGUAUCACACGCACCAGUCAGACUCAGUGGACAUCUGUGUGGAUUUCCUACAAGGACAGUGUGUUUAUGGCAACGACUGCGCCCACCACCACACUGUGCUGCCCUUCCACUGGCAGAUCCACAGGAACAGUAGUCAGACGUGGCAGAGCAUAGCGGAUGACUCCCAGGAACAGCUGGAGAGACUCUACUGCAACCCUGACAAUGAGCAAGUCAGGCUCAAGUUUCAGGGUCGAGUGUUCUCUCUGGACUUCGGGGCGAUGCGAGUUUGUGAUCUGGAGUUUGACCGGGUCAGACGACUCACCACUCCCCCCAGCCCUUUGACCACGCCCACAACAAACCCAAAUCCUACCCCCAGCUGUCACACAGUGUGGAAGUACUACUGCAGAGACAACUUGGGCUGGAGGGAAUACUCAGAGCCGGUGGUGAAGCUCAUAGAGGAGGCGAGCUCGAGGGGUCUUAAGGAGGUGCGGUUCAAUACGCUCCAGAACCAGUACAUCCUCAACAUCAGGGAGGGCUUCCAGCAGAACGCCAUCUUCGGGUUCAGACGCCAGAUCAAGAGGCGGCCCAUGUUCAUGUCCUCUGUAAUGCUUACACCCCACCUACAGACACUGGGCGGCCUCUCUGCACCUCCCCUCUCCAGUUCAUCCUCCUCUUCGUCCUCUUCCAUGGAUCUGUCCCUAUCGCACCCCCUCUCGCCGACCACCACCAACCCGCCAAGCCUUUUCCCAGAAACGUGGUUGCCUAUGAUGAUGAACCAGGACUUCCUGCAGGUGCCGGUAUCGCGCGAGGACCGCAGCUACCGCACAGUGUACAGCCUUUUCCACAAGACCGUGUCUGAGACCAAGUUCAGGAUCAUCAAGAUCCAGCGCGUACAGAACCCUUUCCUCUGGGAGAAGUACAAGAGGAAGAAGGAGUACAUGUCGCGGCGCAUGUCAGAGAUGGACCGGCUGCUGAGCGAGCGCCACCUCUUCCACGGCACCUCGGCCGACGUGGUGGACGGCAUCUGCAAGCACAACUUCGACCCGCGCGUCUGCGGCAAGCACGCCACCAUGUUCGGCCAGGGCUCCUACUUCGCCCGCAAGGCUGUCUACUCCCACAACUUCUCCAAGCGCUCGCCCAAAGGAGUCCACUGCAUGUUCCUGGGCAAAGUCCUCACUGGCAGGUUUACUGUCGGAAAUCCCUCCAUGCGACGGCCGCCACCCAUCAACCCUCGCGACUCCUCCAGUGACCUUUAUGACUCCUGUGUGGACAACUGGGUGGACCCGCAGAUUUAUGUAAUCUUCAACGAUGACCAGAGUUACCCUUACUUUAUCAUUCACUACGAGGAGGUACCCAGCACCGUCUCCGUCUAACCCCCCCCCCCCCCCCCCGGAUCAGACCUGGAUCUGUCUGUAUUUGCAAAUAUUUGCUUAUAGCUUGCUUUCAUCUCUGUCGGUAGAGUUUGCCACUCAAGAUGAAAAUCUGGUCUGUUGUUGCUUCAGCCAACCCCAUUUGGAUCUUGUUUUUUCACAUCUGCUGCAGAUCAAAACAAAGUCUAUGAAAUAUUUGCAAAUAUCUUAAGAUCCUGGUCUGUGGCAAACUGCAUCCAGAACCAGACUGGACUUCAGUAAGGAACAACCAGACAAAACUGGAACUAUAGCAAAGGACGGCACCUGUUUCCUCCUGCUCACAGACGUGGAUGACAACCGACAGCAGCUGCAACGCGCUCGGCCGGACUCAGAUACCACACUUUGUUAUCUAGUUGGAACAGGAGCCUUGUGAUGAUCAUCUGGGAGGAUUGAGCUACCUUUUUUUUUUCUGGAAAAAUAACAAACCUAGUCCCCCUUCUCAUUUUGACUUAGUCGUACGGCUGUAUAUGAACUCCACAUCAGGACAGACGCUGUUGUAGACGGUUAGCAUCUCGUCAGUACUGUGAAUGAUCGAUGGCCCGUUUUAUAUUAUUCUGAGGAAGCAGAAACCGACCAGUCAGAGGCUUCCGUAGAUAAACCCAGGCAACACCGACCCCCUGUCAUUCUCUUGCAAAAAAAAAAAAAAAAUCGUAGUGUUUACCCAGCCUCAGGCCCGUAUGUUUGUUUUUUUUCAAGUGUAUGUGCUGCGUGUUUGAAUCUUUUAAUUUAGUGGACAUGAAUCUUGUGGCCUCUGCAACCAGACAACGGACGUGAGUUUCAGUGGGACUUCUCCCCCAAUGGACAUCCACACAUAAAAAAAUCUCCAGGAAGAGGUUUCAAAACGAGCAAGUGCUGUUCGCAGGUUGGCUUUUUUUUUUGUGUCUUCGCCACUUUGACUCCUCGCAGGGGACUGAAGAGUGUAUAGUUUCCCCACUGAGACCCGACGACGACUAUGCUGCAGCUGCGGCGGCACUUAAGCUUUCUGUCAGCGAACCCCCUGAAACUCAUCUCUCUUGGACUGCUCUCUCGCUCAGAGACAGUGGACAUGUUUUACUGAGACAAACUGUACAGACGUUCUCUGUUUAUAUUUGAACUGUGUGCCUUUUGUUCAUAAAAAUGUUUAUUUAUGUUAGUUUAAUGUAACAUUGAUUAAAUAAACAAACUAAAAGAGAAAAACCGA